GAAUAUUUUUCUGUAUUGCGUUUUUUGCUUUACAAGUGAAAAUUUGUGAAAACCUCAUCGCUGGUGCUUGAAUAUAUAAAAAUAUUUUAUUUUGCUUACCCAUACAUUUGCAAUUGUUUUAAUUAAUAAUAAAUAGUAAACCACAUAAAAGGAGCAGGUGUGGAGUGGAUAGUGACUGAAAUAGGCAGUACAACAACGCCAAGGAAGGCAUUUCGAUGCUAAGGAUCCGCAUCAAAAUGGGUCCACAACAGCGUAAUAAGGAAUGGACAUGCUGCUUUGGUUUGCAUGUCCACACCGCCACCAUAAUGAUUGGCUUAUGGCAUUUGUUUUUAAAUAUAUUGGCACUCAGUCUACUCGCAGUAAUAUGGCGCAAUCCGCACAUGAUGGAGGAACUCGAGAGUGGCUACGACUAUACAGUAGAUUUGAAUGCGCCCGCCUUGCCCACACCGCUCAGCAAGGUGGAUCCACCCUAUCCAUAUCGCGAUCACUCAUUCAGCUAUCGCAAACAAUACCAGAACUUUGAUAUGGGCGGCUUAGUUUGCACCUGUAUGAUCGCAAUUACUUUAAUGAUGAUCUAUGGCACAUUAAAGGGUAAACCCUCUCAUCUGUUGCCAUUUUUCUGCUUACAACUAUUCGAUUUUGCAAUCACUACUCUCACCGCUGCUGGCUACAUUUGCUAUCUACAAGCCAUACACCGUCUAAUAGCCGAAUCGCAUCGCCUGCCUUGGCGUGAAAAGUUGCUUGAGAUGUCACAAGAGGAAUUGAUGGUUAUUGUUUUGGUUGUUUUUAUUUGCAUUGUAUUUUUGAAGGCUUAUGCCAUAGGUAUUGUAUGGCGUUGUUACAAAUAUCUUACACUGCGUCAGCAAAAUCUGCGUACGCUACUGCCGUGCGUUAUGCCCGAAUUGGGUGGUGCCGGCUUGGUGGGUGAAGAGCGCGGCUACACAACACUCUUGCCAAAUUAUGAUGAGGCUAUUGCACAGUAUAUGAAGCAGGCACCACCACCAUCUUAUCAGGUGGCUAUGUCCAAUUAUCAGCGCGUCAAUGCUGAGGUGGACAAUGCAAAUAAUGUGAUUGUUGCGGGUGCAGCAGUGGUGACCGCUGACGAUACGUUGGACAACAAUAAUGAUACGCCGAACAACAACAACACAGUGCAUGUGAAUGCCAACACACCGCCAAUGCGGCGUAAUGAGGCGGUGGCUGAGGGCAAUGAGGCUAUUGUCGUAGCAACGGUUGAGUUGGAGAAUGCCGAUACGGUUCCUGCUGCUACUGCUGCUGCCGCUGCUGCUGAACGUGUUAGUGAAUUGACGCCACCACCACCCUACUUAGAUGGAGCCGCCAGGGUUAGUGGUGUAAACGGAGAGCAGCGCAUUGUGCAGGUGCAGCCACAAUCGGCACAACGUCAAGCGGACAAUAGAAAUGAGAGUCAGGCUUAAGCGGGUAGUUGAGGGAAGACGCGUUGCGCCAGAAUUUAUAGGAGUGUGGAGUGUGUUUGACAGAGGGGUUCAUUUAUGCAGAACAUUUGGAAUAAAAUUUUGAAUAAUCCUAGUUAGUGGACGAGUUUUUCUUGAAAACGAGUUAGAAAUAAAUGCGCAUUUUUGGCUGAG